AUGCAGCCAUUUGCGAAGCUAAAUCUGCCGACCCGUGACGAGCAGGCCAGCGCAGCCCCGGGCCCGCAGCCAGUGCCCCCACAGCAGAGCAGCCGCGCCGGCGGGGCCGUACCCGCGGGGCAGCCCCCGGGGCGCCGGGGCCGGGCCCGUGAGGGAAGGGGCAGCGCCCGCGCGCUCCGCCCGCGCCGUCACGUGACCGCGCGCGGCCCGGUCGCCCGGCAACGGCCCCGCGGCCCGGGAAGAUGGCGGCGGCAGCUGCGCGGCGGCAGCGGCGGCGCGGCGCCCGUGAAAUCAUGCCCAAGUCCUGCCUGGGAAGUGUGUUACUACAAGCCAAACCCACACAUACACACAAACAGGCAAGGGGACAUACAAACAGUCCAAUCAGUCAGUGCCACCGUCCACGGAUAUCCACUGGUCACAGCACAUCAUUUGAAAGAAAAUAAUGUUCUAGAUGAGUAUUUCCUUCCAAAUGAAGCAGAUCUUCGUCAGGGAAUUGUAUUCCCAAAAGCAGAAUGGGAAAGGAUUCAGGGCAGCACUAGAGAAGCAGCACACAUUGAUGAGAAGAAAAAACAGGAAGAAGUGCACUGGGACUCCAAAGCUGCUGGAAAAGACCCACCCAAUGCCACUGUGAGCCUGAUACAACAGAAACUUCAAGCCAAAAAAUUACGUGAAGAAAAGGAAGAGGAAGAAAGAAAGUUACUUGAUUUAGAAGAAGCACAGUUUCAAGCAGCAAAACGGAAGGAGGUUAUCGAUCGUGUAAAAACCUACCUAGGUUAUCAAGACGACAGAAUGAGACAGUUCCAUAGUGCACUUCUACUUACUAAGGUCCUAAAAGAAAGAGAUGCUCAAAUUGAAUUUCAAAAGUCCAGAUUAGUUGACAGCAAAAAGAAGGAUUAUGAAGAAGGGCAACGUCAAUUUAAAGAAUACAUUCUCAGCGAGCAAGAAAAAGCACAUCAGCAUUAUAUGAAUCAACAGGCGCUACGCAAAGAUCAGCUAGAACAAAUAAAAGAGCGUGAGCAUCAGGCAGAUCUGGCCAAACAAGAAAACAAAAGAGAAGAAGAAGAAAUACAGAGAUCGAUCCAAUUGUACCAACUGGAAAUUCAGAGAAAAGAAGAAAAGAAACACGAGGAAAAAGUUGAACGCAGGAGGCUGUAUCACGAGUAUGUAAAUGACCAGAAAAUAAUCAAAGCAAUAGAGGAACAAAAACAAAUGGAAGAAGAUGAUCGGAUCAAAGCUCAUUUUAAAGCAAAGGAAAUUAUUGCCAAUAUGAGAAAAAAGAAAGAAGCUGAAAUGCGUAGACUAGCACAGGAACGACAAGACAAAAUGAUUUGUCGAUUAGCUGAACACAUGGGUGAGGGAUUAAAGAUGGAAGGUGUUCGACUGGCUAGAGAUGUUGCAAGAAUAGAAGCUGAACAAGAAAAAAACCGCAAAGAGAAAGAAGCAAAACAAAAGGCUGCCCUUGAAUCUAUUGCUGAACACAGAGCCACUGUGAUGAAGAUGAAGGAGGAAAAGGAGAGACAGGAAAAAGAAGAGGCUGAAAAAGAACGUGAUGUGUUAAUGGAAAAUGCUCGCAUCUACCAGGAAAUGGAAAACACUAAAAAACAUGGACGACACGAGGCAAACAGAGAAGUACAGAAAAUUCAGAUCCAGCAAAUGGCUGAAAAGCAGGCAAGAAAAGAGCAGGAAAAGCAAGCAGAAUUGGACUAUGAUGCUCAGAGAGAGGCUGCUUUUCAUCAGGAUCGAGCAUAUCGGAGAUAAAGACAGUGAGUAACUGAAUCAGUGCCAUUACUGGAUGUCACUUCUAUUCUCUCCAAACAUUCAAGGAAGGAACAAGAUGUGGGCUUCCUAAUUAGGACAACUGCAAAAAUGGUGGAGUGGAUAUAUCUGCAGUAUUAAAUCCAGUAAAAAUUGGGGGGUGGGUGAAGAUGGUUGAUGCAAUUCUGUCCAUGUUCUUCCUGCCACAUGUACAUGAGCCCCCAGCUUGCUCAGGACUGACCAAACACUUGGCAUUUUUCUAGGACUAUUAGACCCUGCUUUGGCCCUCAAAGCUCUGCCUGAGGGCAGGGCAAAGAACUCUCCCCAGGGCCAGCACAGACUCAGUUAUUGUCUUAGUCAGUCCUGCUGUGGUCUGGGAUUAGUCACUCUUUUUGGAUGGAAGAACAUGGCUGGGUGGAGCUGACUGACUGUACCCAUGUCAGUUAGCAGGGCCCAUUAUUCUGUAAUGUGAACCAAAGCACAGUAAGUAGGAACAAUGAAGACUUGUUUCAAAACCUCACUUCUGACCUAAAAUAAAAGGCUAACAUUGCUGCACUAUCAACUAAAAGUCACAGAGUUCUCUCCAAUUAUCUUGGAGUAAUUAAUUUUGGAAAUUAUGUAUUACAAAAAGCAACAUAGCAAUUAACUUGUGACAUUGUCCCUCAAUCCUUUUUUUCCUUAGUUCACUAGUGAAAAAUUUAUUUCCUUCUCUCUGAGCCAGUGCUCAUUUUAUUACACCAAGCUUUUUUUCAGCAAGCAGAAAUGGAAACUUUUAUUAAAGCCUUUUGAUGGCAGAAGCUGGAGCCUUAAGAAGUAUUGACUACAGCAGGAGUGGUGCUGAAAUCUGCAGAGCUCGAUAAUGCUCCAAAUGCAUCGCUAAGUGCAAAUUUCCACAUGCUCACUACUAUGCAAUUGGUGAGUUAAAUGGAUUUUUAGUCUACCUCCACAGCAGCAAGAAACAAUGUGGAUUGCAGCCUCAUUUCCUACUCAGCUUCCAGAAAUGUCCUGUUCUGCAGAUUACAUAUGUCUGCAUUUGAAGUCUACAGCCUUCUUCCAUCGGGUUUAUACUCCUUUUACUUUGAACAUCUACAGAAAAACCAUCAAACUCAAGUACCAGAAAACAACUCUUCAUUUCAGUACACCUAGAGUAAAGUGGUAAAAUUUUACCUAGAGUAAAAUUACACCCGUGUAAUUUUAAAGCAUGUUGGCUAAAUACAGAUUUAGUUACCCAAAUUCAGCAUGAAAAAAUACAGCAGCAAUCAUUAUCUCAAUUUAUUCUAUUGACUUUGAGAUGCACAUGCUUUGUAUGCUUGUUUUAAAUAACUAAUUCUAGUUAGUAAUUUUCUGUAAAACCUCUAUAAAGCAUAGUGUGGUGACACUAGAUCAGAAUGGCUAGAGGUGGUGGAAUGUUGCUGGUGAAAGGAGUCCUCUGUAAGGCAGGAGGCUGUUCUAGCUGCUCACCAGAGUCCUUUGCAGCUGCCAUUCAAAGAUAGUAACAAAAUAUAGGGAGAUCAACUGCAGGUGAUAAGAAGGGAAGUUGUUGACCUGGAAGAAUCCACUAAUUGAGAGGUAUCUCUCAUUUAAUGCCUAGGGCCACUCAUGUAUUAGCUAUUAGCUAGAGUCACCAUUCCUGAAGGUAUUUAGAUGUGUAAAUGGUGCUUAGGGACAUGGAUAAUUACUGUUGGACUUCAGUACUAGGUUAACAGCUAGACUUGAUCUUAAAGGUCUCAUCCAAUCUAAAUGAUUCUAUAAAGUUUUAAUUAAUAGCUAGAAAAUCAGAAAAUGCUUUGAAAAAUAACUUGACUAGUAAACUUUAAUUACUGGUUUUGCUCAAAAAAACAUUCUCUCAGAUAUUGUUCUGCUUCAGGACGUUGUAGCGGGUGAGAGUCAUAAUAGGUAUUAGCCUUAUUUGAAAGCCAAAACCUUAGAAAGGCAAUGCUCAGAGUGACUGAAACAGAGACCUCAAAUCUAACUGCAUUUUUUCCACACCUGUGAUCCAACCCUGGAAGUAGAACAGCAAUUUCAGUUUGAACAUGUGGGCUUCCAGUGUCCAACAUGGUAUUCUCCCAACAGUAUUUCAUCUCAUACCUGUGUGGCUCUGGUACACAUGUUAAGAGUACUGUUUUCAUGGAUCUAAUACAACUCCUACCUAGGAAAUGGAAGAGAACAGCCUUACAUCCUAAGGGAAUUUGAAUUAGUUAACUGUGCAGCUCAUUACUGUUAGGUAGGUAGUGUUCCAGGUUGGAGUUACUAGAUCUAUGCAAGUUCUUUUAGCAUUACAGUCUUUGCUACCAAUCAGCUCUGAGGAAGUUUGAAGAGGAUACCUACCUGGAAACAAACUGCCCAUGAACAGAAGAGCUGGCACCAUGGGACUAUUAAGGAUGAACAUUUUCAUGUCCCAAUACAGACUUGCUCUAUAAUUCUGAAAAAGAAAAAAAAAAUCUUUUUAAAGCUUUCCGGUCAUGUUAGGUCAAAUAAUUUACUCUGUUUCAACAGCUAAAUUCUUUCAAAUGUCUGUUAUUAACUUAGGCCUUUCUGUUAUCUCUUGAAUGGAAGAGUGCUGUAACUAGUCUCUAAUUUUCCUCCUUGUUCUGGCAGUACAUCCUUGUCUCUGAUACUGAAUCAUCCUUCCUGUUCUGGCAGCAUAUUUUUGAGAGACAAAAAAGUCACUACCUCUAAACAGCAUGCAAAAAUCCCCAUAAUCAGUGAAGGCUAAGACUGUAGAGGGAGGUGAAGGUGAGAGAUGUGAGAAGACCAUAUGAGAUAUCUUCUUUGGAAUUAUCUUAAUUUCUUUCUAUUUAAAAUCAGUUGUGGUAUAGGCUUUGAUAAGCUUGUAAUGUGUGAAGCCAUUGCUUUCACGCUACUGCACUGCCACCACUUCAACCUAAGCUUCUUUUUGUUUUGGUAUAUCACGGCUUUGAUAUUACUAGAUAUUUAAGUGAAUACAUUUAUGAUUCAAUUCUAUCCUCUGAUCUUGUAAACCAAUCUCUAGUAAGCAGUCUUAAAGCAUAAAUGUUUGUAGCUUGUUGACACUGUCUUGGAUAAACCAGAAUGGCACUUCGCUUUUCUGUGGAUUGCCUCAGCUCCAAUACAUUAUCCAAAAGUAACAGUUGUUAGGUACUGAAGGGCUUGAACAUCAGCACUGCAGGUCCAGGAAAAUUCAACACUGCAUCUCUGUUAACAUAAUAGUAAUUGUCCCCCCACCCCCCAAAUGAGUAGCAUCUGGUCUGACUUCUUUUCUAUGUAAAGGAAAAAUAAGCAAAGGUUAGAAAAAAAAAGCAGCAUGUACUGGAAGAAGGAAGUGUUACUGAGCAGACCAGGAAAAAUCUAACAGCUGGCACAGUGGAAAAGGGCAAAGUUUGGAUCUUUGGUAAAGCUUAUAAGUAUUUCUGCAUUAGUAUCAUCUACAAUCAGUGCAUAUACAAUUAAUAGAAGCUACUAAUUAUACACUUAAACAGUUUAUUUUUUCUUUAGAAAUACAUUUGACCACUAUAGAAGCAUCUACAAAGGAAUAAGAAGCUAGCUACUCUCUCCUUCCAAGUUCUAUGUGCCUGCAAAACCAAUCAGUGCCCAACAGCAGAAGCUAACUGUGGACCAAGUUACAAGACAUGCUAUUUGCCAGAACCUGCCUAUACUGAAGCUCAAGAAAUAAGUGCCAUAGCUUGCAACUGUACUGUAACUAGUCUAAUUUUAUUAUGGAACAAAGCAGUAGAUUCUUUUCAGAAAGUCAAGAGGUGACAACCAAAGGUAAACUAUCAGUUCAUCUGUACUGUACUCCUUGAAUAUUGCUGGGCCUCCAGGUUUAAUUCAAACCUAUUUUGACUUCAAAAAUAUCUUACUGAACAAAUAAAAUGGAGUACAUCUGCCUGUAACAAUAAAAUCCAUGUUGACUGUA